AUGAGCAGCGAUCGCAGCGCCUGCAUGGCUCUGCGGAUAGCCAAGGCUGUUGGAGAGUCUACUGGAGCAACUGGCAGAGCAAUCGCCAUUGGAUCUGAAAGAAGAGGUCCCUUCAACAGCGCACUGCUGGGCGAGAAACCUCUAGAUCUCUAUGGCACCUUGGAGGUCCUCGGAGGCCAUGUUGGCGAGGUAGAUCCUGCGACAUUGGAAGACUUCAUCGAGUCCUUGAGGUUCUUUUGGCCCCUUUGCAGUUCGCAGACGCUCAUCAAGGCUCUUCUGGCUUUGGGCCAAGCGAAUGCCCUGGAUGUGGGCACUUGCCGAUUGCUUCUGCAGCAGUUGGAGGCCCGCAGUGAGUUCUUAGGCCGCAGCGACCGCGAGGCGCUGUUGCUGCUGCUGGCCCUACAUAAGAGCAGCUUUGAUCGCAGCACAGCAGUCCUUGGCCUACCUCAUCCCCUGUAUGAUGAGGCUGCGAAACGCUUGAUCAAGGACCUGUCCCGCGAUGCCUGCGGCAAAAUCAGCAGUGGUCCCAUCGAGUCGCUUUCGCGGCCUGUCCUGGCGCUGGCUGAGCUCAAAGUGCUGGAUCGACGCGCCCUGCACGCCUUGACGGAACGCUUAGUGUCUGGACGGCUGCUGUCCCUCUCUCCUUCUGCAUUUGUCUCCCUAGUCUACGCGCAUCGCCUGGUCCGUGGCCCCGUGCCCUUGGAGAAGCUCCGCAUGCCACUGUGCUUAGCCUUCGGAGCCUUGCUGCAUGCCAUGACUGCAAAGCAGGUCGGGAUCCCAGGGCGAAGUCCAACGAAAUGGGCAUUGAAAUAG